GCUGGAACCAUCGAGACGCAUUCUAUCGUAUGAACCUCGCAGGAUGUUUGGUCUGAAGGUCACUGGAGACCCAGAAGCCACAGUGGGUCUGGUGGCAGUUGACAAAGGGGUCUACGUCCUAAACAACAAGCACCGCCUCACACAGAAAAAGGUGUGGGACAUUGUAGAGAAGUAUGACACAGGCUGCACACCAGGUGGAGGGAAGGACAGCAUGAGUGUGUUCUAUGAUGCUGGGCUGUUGUUCGAGUCCAGUGCAUCUGGCACUCCCAUCAGACAAGAAUUAAAGUGUCCAUCCCCCAGCAGGAGAAAACGAGCCGGCACUAUAAGGAAUGUCAGAAGUGAGGAUGACAACAGUUACAUGGACAGCAAUGAAAUAGUUUCUCGCACCACAUUCCCUGAAAGUUGGCUGUGGUCAGAUAUCAAACUGCCUGCUUGCCCUCGACAAACACCGAACUGUGACACCACAUCAGUUGUGAAAAAUGUUCCUUUGCAAGACUCAAUCACAACCUGGCAGAUCAUUGGCGUUAGUCUGUCAAGAACUCACGGUAUCUGUGUGGCCGAUCCAUUAGAGGUCAUUGUCCGGAAGGAUUUCUUCAUUGAUCUCAAACUGCCGUACUCUGCUGUUCGUGGAGAGCAGCUGGAAAUUAAGGCUAUCCUCCACAACUACAGCCCAGAUACUGUCACUGUGCGUGUGGAUCUGAUUGAGGAGGAGCAUGUGUGCAGCUCAGCAUUCAAGCGUGGAAAGUAUCGUCAGGAGGUUAAAGUUGGGUCCCUAACUACACGAUCUGUACCCUUCAUCAUUAUUCCCAUGAAGGAAGGACAAUAUGGCAUUGAGGUCAAAGCAGCUGUUAAAGACUCAUCGCUCAUUGACGGAAUCAUGAAGAUGCUGCGGGUGGUGCCUGAAGGCGUGACUUGCGAAGGAUCCUCAAGAUAA